GCCCACCAGCAGUUAGUUAAAAGGACCCCUUUUUUUUAAAACUUUUUUACUUGCAUUGCUACGAGAGAAUUGGAUCAACAGAAACAGAAACACAGAGGAUAAGGAUAGAGAGAGAUGGGCAGUGAGAAGAAGAAGGUGAUGGUAGCAAUAGACGAGAGCGAGUGCAGCCGGUACGCGCUCCAGUGGACUCUCGACAAUCUUAGUCAAACCAUAGACGACAACUCACAACUUGUACUCUUUACUGUACAGCCCAUUUCUGAAUGCACUUAUGCUUAUGCUUCCUCUUUUGGUGCUGCCCCUCCGGAAUUGAUUAGGUCUAUUCAAGAAAAUCAGAAUAAGAUUGCAUCGGCUCUCUUAGAGAAAGCUAAGCAAAUCUGCGCCAACAACGGGAUUGUUGCAGAAACGGUGACAGAAGUUGGGGAUCCUAAAGUGGCAAUAUAUGAAGCUGUGGAGAAGCUCAACAUUCAAUUACUUGUAUUGGGCAGCCAUGGCCGUGGAGCUAUAAAAAGGGCUUUUCUGGGAAGCGUGAGCAAUUACUGUGUUCAUAACGUCAAAUGCCCUGUUCUGGUCGUGAGAAAGCCAGAUUACUGAAGGGUGGGAUGCUCAACUUGUCACCGAUGCUCUGUUGGAUUAUAGCUGGGGUAUGGAAACUGUGCAGCUCACCUUAUGUAUAGUUGUUCUGAAGAGACGAAUAAGAAAGAUUUCUACCAUUACCAACUUUAAUGAGAAUUUAAGCAUUUGUAUAUGGUCCGGUUAAUGUGUGCUCUUAGAACACACAUUAACUAUUUAUUUUGGAAAAAAUUUUAUUAGGAACUGAAAAAGUUGUCAAAACAGUUAAUUAAUUUUUCGUCUUUCUAUAAAAAAUUUCCUAAAAUAAUUUACUAAUGUAUGUUUUAAGAGAACACGUUAGUAAAUCCCUUUGUAUAUAUCUCUGUUGAUAUGCUGUAUUAAUUGUUGUGCAGUAUAAUCGAGAAUUCAAGCAUGUGUAUAAGUACAUGACUUCAAAAUUUAGUAAAUGCAACCCGCUUGAUUUAGCUUUUGCUAUA